AUGAACGGCGACACCCCUCGGCAUCCCAAUUCUACUGUUGCUCCCCAAGACGACUACCCGCGAGAGGCUUGCGGCAUCGUCGGCAUAUACUCCGAAGGCGAGGAUGUUGCCCGCUACGCAUUCUUCGGUCUUUACGCUUUGCAGCAUCGCGGACAGGAGAGCGCAGGCAUCGCCUCCAGCACCGGGGACGGCAUCAAUCUCAGGGUCUCAAUGGGACUCGUCGGUCAGGCAUUCCAAGAAGAGGACAUCGCCCGGCUUCCGGGGCACAUCGCCAUCGGGCACACGCGCUACUCUACAACAGGCAGCAGCGCAAUCAACAACGCCCAGCCAAUUUGCUCUGUCAGCGCGGCUGUCAAUCUUGCGCUCGCGCACAACGGCAACGUCAUUAACGCCUUAGAUCUGAAACAGGAACUCUCUCUCUGGGGCUGCGAAUUCAACGGCAGUAACGACUCCGAGAUUAUCGCUCACCUGCUAGCGAACGCCCCCGGGCUGAACUGGCAAGAGCGCAUCGCUUACUGCAUGCGCAGACUUCAGGGUGCAUACUCGCUGACCGUGAUGACGCCGACCGAGCUUCUCGGCAUCCGCGACCCGCUUGGCGUGCGCCCCCUCUGCAUUGGCAAGCUCAGCAACGGCUGGGUGCUGGCGUCCGAGUCCUGCGCCUUCGACCACAUCGGCGCAGAGUUCAUCCGCGACGUCGAACCGGGGGAAGCCGUUCUGAUAGACGCUGACGGCAUCCGCACCAUAUACAAGCGCCCGCCGGAUAACGGGCGUGUAUCCGCCGGAUGCGUAUUCGAGUAUAUCUACUUCGCCAGACCGGACAGCGUAAUAGAGGGUAGGUCGGUACAUUCGGCGCGCGCCGCAAUGGGCGCUGCGCUCUCCAAUGUGGACCCCAUCGACGCCGAUCUUGUUAUCGGCGUGCCUGAUUCCGCAACCGCUGCUGCGGUCGGCUACUCGCAGGAGUCCGGCAUCCCUUACGCUGAAGGACUGGUGAAGAACCGCUAUGUCGGGCGCACCUUCAUCCAGCCGGACCAGCAGCUGCGCGACCUCGGCGUUCGUCUUAAGCUCAACGUGCUGCCUGAGAUUAUCAGAGGCAAGCGCAUUGUCGUCGUGGACGACAGCAUAGUUCGCGGCACGACAACUCCGCAUGUUGUCAACCUGCUGCGGCGUGGCGGCGCGAGCGAGGUGCAUCUGCGAAUAUGCGCCCCGCCCAUCAUCUCGACCUGUCACUUCGGGUUGACAUGGCGACAAAAACCGGAACUCAUCGCCGCCAACAUGACAGUUGACGACAUCCGCGAUUACGUGGGCGCGGACUCGCUCGGCUUCCUCAGCCACGAAGCCCUUGUGAACGCUGUUGGAUUGCAGCGCAACUCACUUUGCAUGGCAUGCUUCACCGGCGACUAUCCAAUUCCGGUCCAGCUCGAAAUGGACAAGCUCGCGCUCGAAGUGUAG